AUGACAACCUCAAGCUCUGCCCCCGCGGGGGACCUCACUUCCCAGAUCCUCCAGGCCCUCUCGGCCCAGAGCCCCCUCCUCUCCGCUGAGGCCUUCCCCGCCAUCGCCUUCCAGGACAUCAAGGCCGCCCUCGACCGUCUGGCCUCGCGGUCCAUGAUCACCUACGAGACAAUUGACCGAGAAGAGGCUGCCCUGGAGCCCGAGGCUGAGAAGAUUGCCGAGCAUGGCAGCCACGAGGCGCGUGUCUUUGAGGCUCUGCGCAGCGCUGUUGAGGGUUUGACCAUUCAGGAGUUGGAGCAGGCGAUUGGCGACAAGACUGUCACCAAGGUCGGCCAGGGCAAGGCCUUUAAGGAGAAGUGGAUUUCCAAGAGCAAGGACGGAAAGCUUGUGGCUACUGCCGAGUCGAUUGAGGAUGUCACCCGAGCCCAGCUCCUUCAGAUCAAAGAGACCCGAACCCACGAGCCCAAGAUCUUGACCGACUUGCGAAAGCGAAAACUGAUCAAGAUGCAAAAGGUCAUCAGCUUCAAGAUGGCCCAGGGCCCCAAGUUCGCCCUCGAGAUUCAGAAGGAGGAGACGGAUCUGACAGCCGACAUGAUCAUGUCGGGCUCGUGGAAGACGGCCAACUUCAAGCCCUACAACUUCAAGGCCCUGGGAGCCGACCAGAACGCCGGCGCUCUCCACCCUCUCAACAAGGUGCGACACGAGUUCAGACAAAUCUUCUUCGAGAUGGGCUUCGAGGAGAUGCCUACCAACAAGUUCGUCGAGACCGGAUUCUGGAACUUUGACGCCCUCUUCGUGCCUCAGCAGCACCCUGCCCGUGAUCUGCAGGACACUUUCUACAUCUCGGACCCCAAGGUGGGCGACAAGCCGCGGACAGAGCAAGAGGGACAGAACACAGAGGAGUACUGGGAGAACAUCAAGGAGGUGCACCAGGACGGCAAGUUUGGAUCGAUCGGCUACAGAUACCCCUGGUCGGCCGAUGAGUCGACAAGACUGGUCCUUCGAACACACACCACUGCCAUUUCAACGGCGAUGCUGUACAAGCUGGCGGCGCAAAAGGGUCCCGAUGGACGACCACCCCCUGCCCGAUACUUCUCCAUCGACAGAGUGUUCCGUAACGAGACUGUGGAUGCGACUCACUUGGCCGAGUUCCACCAGGUGGAGGGUGUCAUUGCCGACUACGGACUGACCCUGGGAGGUCUGAUGGAGUUUAUGGAGGUCUUCUUCGCCAAGAUGGGCAUCACCAACCUCAAGUUCAAGCCUGCGUACAACCCCUACACCGAGCCUAGCAUGGAGAUCUUCAGCUACCACGAGGGUCUGGGCAAGCUGGUGGAGAUUGGCAACAGUGGCAUGUUCCGGCCUGAGAUGCUGGAGCCCAUGGGUCUGCCCAAGGACAUGCGGGUGUUUGGCUGGGGUCUGAGCUUGGAGCGGCCGACCAUGAUCAAGUACAAGAUCUCCAACAUCCGAGAGCUGCUGGGCCACAAGGUGGAUCUCAACUUUAUCGAGAGGAACCCGGCGGUGAGAUUAGAGAAGGAGUAG